GAUGGAAGAAAUAAGAAGUCAUUUACUUGUGUAAUACUUCUACUUUCAGGUCAGCUAUUUUAUUUAAUGGAUAGGAUGGAAACGGGAUAUAUCAGUCUAACUCAAUACAGUACAGGAAUGAAAACUUUGGGAAUUUGUAAUUACAUGGCGAAUCCACCUUCAACAAAAGACGGAUUGGUGGCUAGAGAGUUUUUUAUCGAUGAGGCAUAUUCAAAAUUAACUGAACAAUUUAAUGACAUGGUGAAAAAGCAUUAUUUGAGAGGCCACCGUCCUUCCUUGUCCCAACCACCUCCAACACCUCAACCUACAUCCAAAACAUGGAGUGGUCCUCUCGAUUUUCUUUCAAGAGGUGCCGAAGAAGAAGGCGAUGAUAUGGACGAUGAAAAAAAGCUUAUCGAAUUUUGUAAAGCAAGAAGAAAGGAAACAAAGUAAAUUCAAAUUCGUUUUAUUUACUGCCAUCCGGACAAACAUUUACAUUUGUUUUUUAUCUAUUUAAAAAUAUACA